CACCUGCAAAGUUUUGAACGACUUGGACUGCAUCGCUGCUCAUUGAUCAGCUACUUCAAAUACUCUCACGAUGGCUGAAGACGUCAGUAAGGGGCAAGACGGUUCUGAGUUGCCACCUCUCGACGACAGACUCGUUGCAUCAGCAGCUGCAAGGCUUGAUGCUGCUAAGAUUCCCUAUGUCCUCUGGGGUAAUUACAUGUUAACUAUUUUUGGCAUUCCAACCGUAAUCAAUGGCAUCGACUUCGUUGUUGACGAUGAUUUCAUGGACGCUGCCUAUGACACUCUUCAAGGUGCCGGUUUCAAAAAGUGCAAGUCAGAAGGUUGUAUCGGCAACAAGAAACUUUUCUAUGCUCCAACCCCUCAUACCCAUCUCCACAUCACCGAAUCCGAACGGCUGGGCCUCUAUAAAAGAUCCGACAUUCUGUGGCGACUCCCAAAUCUAUCAAACGUGGACUGCGAAAGCAUAACUCUAGCAUCUGAUCCUAAUCAACUACCCGGACCAGACAUCCUAGGGAGAGGAGGGCGAUUCCAGCAGGAUCUGCAUCCAGUGCGCGUCCCAACCAUCUCUCAACUAGUUCAGACACUGCUUUUGCUCGCAAAGAAAGACCAGAAUACGUACGGAGGAUACUGGAUGAAUUGGAUCAGCUACAUAUUGGAAUUCUGCACCGAAAAUAGCGUCUUCGAUAAAAGCCGACUGACCGGGUAUUACAAGACCUACAUCAACGCUUUCCUUGAGGGCGAUCACACAUCGAGAGACCAGGCUUUUAAAUGUAUUGGCCUCACAGAGUAGUUGGGCCGUGGGUGGGUGCGAGUCAAAGGAAGAGGGUUACUCCGGCCUCCGUUGUUAUUUUGAUUCUCUUAAUCAGAAACUUCAGUUAUUUGACGCCGCCGCAUGUGGCUACAAACCGCCCAGGUGAUCCUAACAACGAACCUGGUUAUGCUGGAGAUGCCAUAUUUCAGGAAUCAUUGCUCAAUACAUAUGUAGUAGGCCUAGGAUAAGCUAACAAAUCGUCCGUAAAUGCCGUUCUGUAGUUUGGCGCGUGACAUGGAAGGUAAAAGUUUUCCUAAUGGAGGGCAUUAAGUACACAGCUACAAGCUUAUGUUGCUUAGUCACUGCUUAGUUAAUCCUUGUUUGCUCAGGUUCAGCAGUGGAAAUGGACUGUGGGGAGGUCAGCCUCCAUGAAGUGCAAGCGCAGCCAAGGUUUUGAGACACAGGAACAGAUCCCAUGCUUCCUCACUCUACCUU